GGCGGGACUGAGCAAGUUUCGCCGCAUCAGAUCUGAUCCCUUCCCGUUUCCGUCUGUUGGAGUGGCCUUUUCGCGCUUCCACGGGAAGCCGCAGCUCCCUGCCAGAUUACCAGAGCCUCUGUCUCUCCUUAAUGAACACGCAUCGAGAAAGUCGGAUCCCAUCCGCCAUGGUUUCCGCGAUCCGCCGCCACAAGACCUGACGCUUCUCCCCCCCAUUUUCCUCCAUAUUUUCUACCAGGAUGAAUGCGUCCAGCCUGGUGGCUACCCAAGGCUUCUCUUGGUCGUCGAUACCCACCGAAUUGCUCACCGCGGAGCUGGCGAGACGAGAUAAUGGCGGAGACUCGAAGCCCCAAUGUGGUAGCAAGGAGCGCGGCCAUUACGACACAACCCUCCACGUCCUCGCUCUGGGCCUCAUUCUAUUCCUCAGCACUCUUUCAUGUGCCUUUCCGCUUAUAUCCUCCAGCCGCUCCAAGGGCCGUCGCCAGAGCAGGGUAGUGUUCAUCUGCCAGCACUUCGGCACCGGCGUCCUCAUCGCGACGGCCUUUGUCCAUCUCCUACCAACCGCCUUCAUAUCCCUGACCGACCCAUGCCUUCCGUACAUAUUCAGCAAAGGCUACACGGCCUUCCCCGGCCUCAUCGCCAUGGUGUCGGCUUUGAUAGUCGUCUCGCUCGAAUCGUACCUCACCACGCACGGUGGUGCGACCCACAGCCAUACGCACGAGAUGUGGGAGGAGGAUGAGGGGGCAGGGGUGGAGGAUACAGCACACGACACGCGGCUGAAUGGGAGUGACAGGGGCGGAUCCCACGGGCUCUCGGGCCGGCGCGAGCGGCGGCCGUCCAACAUCGCACUCGACGACUUUGGCGACACCGAGGGCCUGAUGGCUGGCGCGUCGCCGCUCCCGGGGUCGACGCCGCUGCCGCAGACCCCGAACGGGAACACGUCUCGCCCGCAAAACGGCAAUCAAGCGCCACUCGACGGCGGCAGAGACUCCCUGGACUCGGAGGAGUCCCUAGACCUCGAACUGAACCUGAACGAGCUCGACCCCUCGGCCGAGCGGAGCCCCAAGACAGCACCCCAGCGGCGACCCCUGACGCAGCGCGGCGAUCAGCAGCCGGGGUCGCCCGGCGGAGGCGGCUCGUCGCUGGGGCAGAUGCCGUCGCCCGAGGAGCAGCGGCGGCUGCUCCUCCAGUGCCUGCUCCUCGAGGCGGGGAUCCUGUUCCACAGCAUCUUCAUCGGCAUGGCCCUCUCGGUCGCCACGGGCCCGCCGUUCGUGGUGUUCCUGGUGGCCAUCUCGUUCCACCAGUCCUUCGAGGGCCUGGCGCUGGGCUCGCGCAUCGCGGCGCUGCACUUCCCGCGCUCGUCGCCGCGGCCCUGGCUGAUGGUGCUGGCCUACGGCACCACGACCCCGAUCGGGCAGGCCAUCGGCCUGCUCGUGCACAACAUGUACGACCCCAUGAGCCAGACGGGCCUGCUCAUGGUCGGCUUCAUGAACGCCAUCAGCGCCGGCCUGCUGCUCUUCGCGGGGCUCGUGCAGCUGCUGGCCGAGGACUUUUUGAGCGAGAAGAGCUACAAGACGCUGCACGGCAAGAGGAGACUGCACGCUUUCCUCUCGGUGUUCGGGGGCGCCACACUGAUGGCUAUUGUUGGCGCCUUUGCGUAGCCUUGUCUAUGUUCUACAUCAUUGGAUAAAAAAAAAAGUAUUCCCUGGCUUGGGUACCCUGUCG